AUAGUCACAUGAGAUGAUCAGAAUAUUUCUGGGAAGUAGGCACUCUAUUUCAAAACAAGUGCUGCAGCGUGAGGUGAGCCAGCCUCCCGUGUAGACAGAUCCGAGGACAGUCUACAGGGAGGAGAGAGGUCUACUGUGGGGAAUGGACCAGGCCCCUUGGAGUGAAAGGCACAGCUCUGAGCGACGGUGCCAGGAGAAGGUGGUAAAUGAGGGCCCCCUGGGCAAACCAUGAUGUACCAUCGGCCUGGUCGGGAGCAUUUGGACAGAGAAGUGCAGACUGAGAUGGCGGCUAAACCCAGAGAUGGGGCAUCUCCUCACGAGCAGCCCAGGUACGACCAUUCACAAAGGUCGCCUCCUGGACUGCUUACAAAACCCACCCAACCACAACCAUCCCGCAUGUUAUGAACCUUGAAGAGAGGAAUCAGAUGGAACCAAUGAAAAUCUCUGGUGUGAUGUUCAGAAAUCUUAGAAUCUGCCUGUGUGUACUCAAGCGUCUCUUCUGCCCAGCUUAAGAGAACGCUGGAGUCUGUGGGCCUCAGAGGUGGGGCCUCAAACUCUCCCUGUCCAAAAUCCAGUCUUGGCCUCACAGGACCUUUCUGUUCCCCUGGAACCCGACCGGGCUUAUAGGAGACUCUUAAGUAUCAGGCGCCUUUGACAGGGCAGUGAAUUCUCAAUUUUAGAUUCUCUUCUUCCCUGUGCCUAUCACACGAAGUAUUUUUGAAAGGAAGGUUCUUAUUCCCACGCUAUUCCUUAUGCUUCCAAAGAAGCUGGGGAACGCCCAUGGCCGGUGUGGACUCGGACGUGGACAACGCUUGCGGCCCCCACCGUUUCCAGCCGUUAGCAAACCAGGCUGCUGUCACCACGCUGUGGCUACCAAGCAGGGGGACAGCAGGAGGGGACAAACGCUGGGGCGACUCGGAGAUGCCAGCACACCUGGCAUGAGAAUGGUGGCUGAGAACUCCUCGGUGAUGGAGUUUGUCCUGGCGGGCCUCACCGACCAGCCGGGCCUGCAGAUGCCUCUCUUCUUCCUCUUCCUGGCUUUCUACCUGAUCACCGUGAUGGGGAACCUGGGCCUGAUCAUCCUGAUUGGCCUGAACUCCCAUCUCCACACCCCCAUGUACUUUUUCCUCUUCAACUUGUCCUUCAUCGAUUUCUGCUACUCCACCGUCAUCUCUCCCAAACUGCUGGUGAGUUUUGUCCUGAAGAAGAACGUCAUCUCCUACGCCGGGUGCAUGACCCAGCUUUUCUUCUUUCUCUUCUUUGUCGUCUCGGAGUCCUUCAUUCUGUCGGCCAUGGCCUAUGACCGCUACGUGGCCAUCUGUAACCCACUGGUGUACACCACUAGCCUGUCCCCGCGGGUCUGCUUGCUUCUGCUGGCGGGGGUCUAUGUGAUGGGCUUUGCGGGGGCCCUGGCCCACACAGCAUGCAUGGUGCAGCUGACCUUCUGUGCCAACAAUCUGGUCAACCACUACAUGUGCGACAUCCUCCCCCUCCUGGAGCGUGCCUGUAGCAGCACCUUUGUCAAUGAGCUGGUGGUCUACAUUGUGGUGGGCAUCGAUAUCGGGGUACCCACGGUCACCAUCUUCAUCUCCUACGCCCUCAUUCUGGGCAGCAUCCUUCGCAUGCGCUCCACAGCCGGCCGGUCCAAAGCCUUCAGCACAUGCAGCUCUCACAUCCUGGCCGUCUCACUCUUCUUUGGGUCCGGGGCCUUCAUGUACCUCAAACCAUCCUCUCUCCUCCCCAUGAACCAGGGCAAAGUGUCCUCCUUGUUCUACACCAUUGUGGUGCCCAUGCUCAACCCCUUAAUCUACAGCUUGAGGAAUAAGGAUGUCAAAGUUGCCUUGAAAAAAACCUUGAGCAAAAAAUCAUUCUGA